AUGAAGAAUUUCUGCCAGUGGCUCAUGGCUCUAAACAGGGGGGAGUGGACACCUCGGUUUAAUGACAGCCGUCAUGUGGCCCCCUUUGCGCCCCCCACCCCAACUCCUCUCUCCGGCGUGCAGUACCGCAUCGGGCAGCUCUACAUGAUCAGCAAGCACAGCCACGAGCAGAGCGAGAAGGGCGAGGGCGUGGAGGUGGUGCACAACAAGCCAUACGAGGACCCGGUGCACGGCACGGGACAGUACACGGAGAAACGCGUUCAUCUCUCCAGUAAAUUGCCGAGCUGGGCCCAGGCGGUUGUGCCCAGGAUAUUCUACGUGACGGAGAAGGCAUGGAACUACUACCCGUACACCAUCACAGAGUACACGUGCUCGUUCCUGCCCAAGUUCUCCAUCUACAUCGAGACCAAGUACGAGGACAACAACGGCUGCAACGACCACGUGUUCGACAGCGAGACAAAUAACAUGGAGAGAGAAACUUGCAAGGUGGACAUUGCGUACGAUGAACUUCCGGAGCGCUACUACAAGGAAUCUGAGGAUGUGAGGCAGUUCAAGUCUCUCAAGACGGGACGGGGCCCCCUGGCCGAGGGCUGGAGGGACACGCUGGGGCCCAUCAUGUGCUCCUACAAGCUCGUCACCGUCAAGUUCGAGGUGUGGGGCCUGCAGACGCGCGUGGAGCAGUUCGUGCACAAGGUGGUGCGGGAUGUGCUGAUGGUGGGGCACAGGCAGGCGUUUGCCUGGAUCGACGAGUGGUACGAUAUGAGCAUGGAGGACGUGCGGGAGUACGAGAGGACCACCCAGGCGGCCACCAACCGGAAGAUCGGCAUCGUGCCCCCGGCCAUCUCCAUCUGCGACGCGAGCGCCGGCUCUUCCAGCAGCGGGCGGGGGGGCGGCCCCUCCAGCGCCCCCACCACUCCGCUCACGCUCGACGCUCCCGACUUCCUCGGCCUGCCUCGUGACCGUCCCCGGAAAAGCUCCGCUCCGGAAACCCUCACCUUGCCCCAGCUCCGCGAGAAAAACACCUAGCGGGUGGACGCGAGACGCCCGCUGGCUUUUUCCUCUCUCUCUCUCUCUCUUCUCCUGGUCCAGGCGAAGACCCCGGCGAGCUGCGGAGCCGUCGGGGGCUUUUUUGUUUUUGCUCUUCGUCAUUUUUUUUUUUCCUUUUAAAAUUCCCUUAUCCCUUUCCCCCGCUAGAUGCUAUUUCUGCUUUGUGCUGCAAUCGCUGUUGAGGCAUGCUCCUCCGCAAGGAGGACGGGUAGCGCCCGGCCGGCCCCCGUGUCCCCUUUACGCAUCCUCCCCUCUCUUGCCCCUCGCUCCCCCACUUUUGUAGCCGAGAGCGGGAUGGUUGAACGUUGAAACGGUACGUUGCGAGGAGAGCUGUGCGGGCACCCGAGGGGGCGUCGUCUUGCUCGCCCGUGAGAGACCGAGGCUCAAGUGAGGUUUCAGGACUUUGUAGCAAAGCACGAAAGGUCACGUUUAAGAUAGGCACUGAGGGAAACGGAAUACCGGUAGUCUAUCGACGGAAACGUUGGUUGGUGCAUGCAUGAGAAGAGCACGUAGUGUAGUUUGUUGAAAGCCUAGUUAAGGCUUUUGGACUAGAUUCGUCAUUUUACACUGGUUUGGUCUAGUCCUUUCUAAUCGUGGCCAAGUAACCAAAACCAUUUAAAAUAAUCCUCAAGUGGAGGCUGAGUAUUGUCUUGAUUGACAAAGAGAAACUAAAGCUUAUGUGCAUAAUGCAAGCGUUCUAAGUGUUUUGUACAUUGUUGAGUGGCAUCCCAAGUGUCCAUACUGAGUCAUUGUUUCCUUCACGCUCAAAAGAAACCCCCUUGUGUUUUAAGAGCUCCUCGUCCACUUGUUUUCACGCUUUUUGUGCUCAUUGGUAAACGGCACGGGCCCAAUAUCGGCCACUUGAACGCCACCGCGAGAGAGUUUAUUAUUUUUUGGAGGACCGCAUCACAAAGGGACAUUGCUGCUUAGGCAUUGAUAACAAAUACCCCCCCGUGCGAUGCCCUGUUGCUCACAUAUUGCGCAGCCGCCUGUGGACGCUACAAUCGCUGUGUCUGGGGUUAGCGGCGAGGUGGCCCUGUUGAAUUAACUGCAAGCCAUUCAGGACAAAAAAAAAAUAUCCGUGUUAAAUAUUACAAAACACACGUGCGUGCGUGCUUCGCGUCGCAUGCGGCGUGUUAAUUUUUUUUUUGCGGAAACGACCAGCAGGGAAAAUUGUACCCCACAGAAAUGUUGCCCUGAUUGAUUCUGCGGCUCGGAUGAUGGACAAGGGAACGGGUGAAGCGAGGAGCGGUUUUUUUUUUUUGUCAAAGAAUUGUAAUUCAUCGGCAGCCUCCCGUGGGCCGCUGACCUUUUCUGGAAUAUUGCGAGAGUGCUGGCCGAUCGGCGUGCUCUAACUGCAAGCCACGGUACAGUGGGUGCCUGCAAAAUCCACAUGAUUGGUGUCCAAAACAGCCAUAAACUUCCCCCAUUAUUAUUGCCCUCUCCUGCCAUGGAUCCACUCAAAAUAUCAUUCUCAUUUAAUUUGGCUCCAGUUGCCAAUGAUGGGUCUCUCAAGGUGGAUGAUUAACCUUGAAAUGAGUGCCCGUGACAGGCAUGGUUUGGUAGCUCGCUCCGGGCUUAUAGUGCUUUGGCGCAGCCUGCAUUUACGCGUUCAACAUAUCUCUCACUUGUAAAUUCGUUAACAAGCGUUGAUUGCAAAAUGUCCACCGAUUGGCUGACUGUUGAAAGAGAAAAAAAAAUAGGGACUCUGCUCUGGCCCUUGAGGGAUGACACCAACGAUCAAUUUGUGACUCAGUUUAAAGACAAAUUACAGUGAAGCGUGCCAUCUGUAAUGUGCUUGAUUGUUUGCUUAGUGAAGCGAGUUUGAACAUUUAGUAGACACGUGUUGAUUUAAAUACACAGUGCUCCACCUACAAAAGAGACCUUCUAUAGCUGUGGGGGAAAGUGCUGGUUUGCGAGCACCUAUUAAGGCCAAAAUUGCCAACAGUCUGGCACUUGUGUCUCCAAUGUAUACACCGCGUAGGAAACAACGUACAUUUUAGUGAAUGGGGCCGAACAAAAAUAGGACACACGCGGCUAAAUGAAGGCAAAAUGAACGAGGCAAUAUAAAACAAUAGAUUCUUUAAUCGCAUCACGGCCCAUGAACAUGGCAAUUCGUCGAUUGCCACGGGAGUAAUUCAUUUUGAAAGGAAGCAGCGUGCGAUGGCGUCGCCACCGCCGUUGAGUGACACCAGUUGUAGAGUUUUCCCAUUUCUUACUUCGCGACACUGACGGGGGCAUAUACAACAUCUCCGUGUUGCUGGUCAUAUUUUGUGCCGAUCACAAUGUGGCAAAACUUUACGGCAAGGCCGUGGGUUGGGGGGUGGGGGCAUUAAUCAUUGCUCUUGUGAAAAUUCCGACUGGAAAAGACGAGCCCACGUUGUUGGAUCGUUGGUUCCGUGGUGGCUUUGCACCCCGUGACAGGCUGGACUGGCUCAACCAGUAAGCGAGUCAGCCGUUCUCUCCCAUUGCUCGUGCACGGUCAGUGGAGCAAUCGUCCGUGUGUGUGUGUCUGUGUGUGUGUGUCUGUGCGUGUGUGUGUCUGUGCGUGUGUGUGUCUGUGCGUGUGUGUGUCUGUGCGUGUGUGUGUCUGUGCGUGUGUGUCUGUGCGUGCGUGUGUGUCUGUGCGUGUGUGUGUCUGUGCGUGUGUGUGUUUGUGCGUGUGUGUGUGUGUCUGUGCGUGUGUGUGUGUCUGUGCGUGUGUGUGUCUGUGCGUGUGUGUGUGUCUGUGCGUGUGUCUGUGCGUGCGUGUGUCUGUGCGAGCGUGUGUCUGUGCGUGUGUGUGUCUGUGCGUGUGUGUGUGUCUGUGCGUGUGUGUGUUUGUGCGUGCGUGUGUGUCUGUGCGUGUGUGUCUGUGCGUGCGUGUGUGUCUGUGCGUGUGUGUGUCUGUGCGUGCGUGUGUGUCUGUGCGUGUGUGUGUCUGUGCGUGUGUGUGUCUGUGCGUGCGUGUGUGUGUCUGUGCGUGUCUGUGCGUGUGCGUGUCUGUGCGUGUGUGUGUGUCUGUGCGUGUGCACGGAUAGACGCGAGGGGCGGUCGAAAAGUUUUGGAAGACAGGACGGGAGGAAGUGUAAUGAUAAAUAACUCAGGCGCAUUAUUAUAAUUGAACCUCGCGGUUCAACCUCGCGGUUCAAUUAUCCAAUAGAGCAAAGGCUGGUGUGAAUAUUUCCCGUUGUGAACUCGUUUAUUUCUUUUCAGUUGAAUAAGGGUAAAAUAAAACGUAAAAAUAGGGUGUCAAUACAAGAUUAAUGUUGGUUUGGCAAGACCUUUAGUUUCGUGUUGCAAAAAACACUUUUCGACCACCCGUGGGCAUGUGUAUACACGUGGACUGUAUACACACACUCACUCUGACCUCAGCUCAUUCGCUAACAUUUACUGUGUGUAUAGUGGUGCAGGAUGUUAUUCUAUGUAAAUGCACAGCGGAGUAUAACGUGUUAAGGUGAAAAGCCUUGUUCUAGCCACUGCUAGAUGGCAUCCUGCCCGAACCAUAAUUAUAUCUCGCAAUGUAACGGUCCAUUUGUCUCCCACACACGGGGUACUUUCACGGCUCCAUCUCUGCAGUGUUCAGGUGCCCUGUCUGGCGUUUCCUUUUGACUGCCUCUCCGUCAUUCUAAAUGUAAAAAUAUGACAUUGCACAAAAUGCAGCGAUUGCAUGAAUAACGCACGACACGAUAAUAAUAAUAAUACUGGCGUGGUGAUCAAUACAGGAGACAUUGAGAUUAUACAUCGUAUCUCAAUGAAAACGUGUGCAGAUUCAUUCUGUUAAACAGAGGUCGGAGUGUGUUUAGAUCGCACAGUCUUGAGGAUGCGAUAUCUCCAUGGAAAAUUCAAAACGCGGCUCAAGGGCCCAUCGAUCAGUCAGUACCGGAUGCAUUGAGCUAAAUUAGCAUGACCUCUCUGGGUUGGAAAUGGGAUUUGGCAAUUCAACCAGAAAGUAGAGUGCAAUGUCUUGUUCAAGUUGAUGUCAUUUUGGUUGAGCCCCAAUUGGAUUUCCCCUGGGAUUUAAAUGUCGCUGGUGGUGCCCCAUAUAGUACGACUGUUCCAACUCCCUUAAACAGUCUGGCACAACUAGCGUAACUUCGCGAAGGCCAUGAAUCUUGGCUUCCACUUUUGAUUAGCAAAACAAGCAAGUGCCUGCGCUUUCCCCUGGUGCACCCUGUAAGGACGCGGCCAAUAAAGCGAGUGGAAUGAUUGAUGGUGCUCCACUCGCUUCCUUCCCCGUCCGAUGCAUUUGGCCCUCCGUACAGCACACACGCGGGCGGAGGCAAGUUGUGCAGCCACAAAUUUUGCUAAUUAAAGCUCAGCUUAAUUACCGGCGUUGUGUGUGGAUGGGUUUUUUUUAAAUCUUAUCUAUUUUUUGGCACGUAGAGCCACACAGAUUUUGCAGGCGUGAGGUGGCUGAUGAUCCGAGUAAGUUUGGGAAUCCAAUAAUGUCUUCGCACCUGUUCUUCUCAUAGGUUAGGGCAGGGUUAUCUCUCAAACUUUUCCUGGCCCACUACAGUGCGUCUUUCCAAUUCUACUACCAGUUUACCUUCAUUAAAAUUCACAUUCAUUAUUCAAUAACUGUUGUUCAUGGUUUUGGCAUCAUGCACAAUUAUGGCUGGUUACUCUUUUUGUACACAUUUCUGCGUAUUAUUUUAAACUUAUUCUUCUGGUCAACACAGGUUUUCUGUUAUGAUGGUGGCUUUUCUCAUAAUUUACAGAUUUGAACGUUCAGUGGUUCCAAACGGCACAUACCUGAUGAUUUCCAAACACGUCCCACGUAGCGUUGAUAAAUUAAGACACCCUCUGUGUGUGUGUGCGUGGGUGUGUUUCCCGCUCACGGCCAAACACCAGUGACGAUUACCUGCACCGGCCCUGGGCCUCCCCUAGGUCGACUCAGCCUCAAAUGAGUACCUGGUGUGGUGUGUCAAACAUCGCCACUGGGGAGACAAAGGCGGCCGGGCGUGGUGUUGGCCACCCACCCCCUCGUGUGCCGUGCCGGCCUUCAUAGGUGCUCAUUAACAGCACUUUCCCCAACAAUCUGUGAAGGUUAUAAGGGGGACUUUUGUCUUUGUGUUAUGCGAGACAUGUCGAGAGCUCAUUCUGAUCAACUUUGACAUCUCAAGCGUGUAUGUGUGCCAUACGGAGUGGUGGCGCAGCGAUUAGUGCUCGCCGCUACAAACCCGGUCGCCUUGAGUUCGAUUCACGCGAAAAUUCUCGUGACCAAAUUCUAAACCGGUCCUGGGCCUCCCCAUAGGUCGACUGAGCCUUAAAUAAGUACCUGGUGCACUAAGCAUCAGCUCUGGGGAGACAAAUGCAGCCAGGUGUGGUCAUGGCCACACCACCACCCCCUGCAUGAGUCGUGCCGGCCUUGAUAGGUGCUCGCUAAAAGCACUUGCCCCAACAGUCUGCAAUGUCUAUAUGGGGGAUAUUUUUCUUUGUUUGUCUCCUAGCUGAUAUAGAGAGGUACAUGCUCAUGAAUAAGCACCCUCGCUCUACGUGGGUCUGUUUAGCAAUCAUGUGGCAUGUGCAGCGUGGAACGACCGAAAUAGAUCUUGAGAAUGAGAGUUUGAGUUACUGCAUUCGAGGGUGAAAGCACUGGCAGUUGAACUACAGUAUAUGAAUCAGUACGACAGUAGUUUGGUAUUUCUCCUAUUUCAUGUAUACUGUAUACUUAAACGCAAUUUCUUUACUCCCUUACUGCUGUUAUAUAAAGCCAACUAUUAGUUAUUGAUGAGUUUCAUUUUGCAAGUUGAGUAUUAACCAAUCGAUUCAACGAGAUGGCUUUAAGUUGCCUUUAUCUGCGAGGUAUGUUUUCCCAAUUACAGAGGUACCUUAGUCUAUUUUAAAUGUUCAAUGUCACUUAUCAACUGAUGGGUUUACAGUGCAAUGCAUUGCUCUAUGUGUGUGUGAGUGCAAGUGUUUAUUUCCCUUGCUCUGUAUUGACACAUGGACUUGGAUGAUGAUCGUUUUCACACUAGUCUAUCGAUAGUGACUUACGUAUAAGCGGAGAGGCAUCUCUUCGGGAGUUGCGCUGUUUGUUUUCGAUUCACCGGGUUGGGAAGGGUUAAGCGGUUUUUAAUCUUGCGAGCUACAUUGCCGCAACGUAUCGCUAUCGAUCUGAUUUUUUGCGUUGGCAUGGCAAGGUAGGGAGCAACAGCAACAACAGAAAAAGAGAAAUUUGACAGCUGACUCGUCAUAUUAAAAACGUAGCCUCCCUCGCUCCCAUCAGGCUGGGAUCGAAUCUGAGACCAAACCCUUCCACUCCGAUUGUAAAUGCUGGCAUGGUUUUUUUACCCCCCCCCCUCUCCUCAAACUCUCCUCUGUUUUGACGAAUAUUGAUCACGAUCCGCUGGGUUGCCUGUGAUGCAGCCCUGUGCCCAGAGAAUGCACUGCUGCAAAAUAUUCAGGUCAGGUAACUGCGUGUGGUUUUUAUGUAUAGCAAUAUACGCCUCCUAGCUGGUAUACAAUUAGUUAACCGCAGCGCCACGGUGGCGAGAUGUUAAUUACCUCGCCUGGUAUACAGGAGGUCGUGGGUUCGAUGCCGACCCUGACGCCUGCUGUAUAUUUGGAGUUUGCAUGUCUUUCUGCCUGUGGUUGCCUGGAUUUUUCUCCGGGUCCUCCGGUUUCUCCCCCCACAUUUAGAAACACGCGUUUAGAGUAUUUGGCUGCUAUGCAUUUCCACGUGAUAAGCCACUUUGUUGAGCUAUCAUAUGUGAACAGGCCGCUUCUGAAAAAGAGCUAUAUAGUUAAGUGGGCUUUACUUCGUAAAAUAAAAUAAAGUUUAAUUUUAACUCUACGUCCCAUUUAGUGUUACCACCUACCCUAAGUUUCCCAGGAACGUUCCUUUUUUGAGGUAGUAUCUGUCCUGGGGAAUCAGUCGUCCUGUGUAAAAGAAAAGUCCCUGUUAUUGUCAUUUUGGCAUCACAAUAUUAACGACACACUGUUUAAAACAAUGCAUUUACAAGUAGUUCUCCCUUCGUCUCAUAUGUCCUGGCUUUUUGUAGCUUAGAGAUGGGAACCCUCCCUCCAUAAUGAAAAACAAAGUGCCUCCUUGCUCAAACAACACAUUUUCUAUACUCUUUGGUUUUUUCGGUAAAAUCACGUAGAUAAAAAAUAAAAUUAAAAUACAUUUAUUUUUUAUUUUAUUUUUAUUUAUUUUUAUUUUUUACCGACGUGACUUUACCGAAAAAACCAAAGAGUAUGAACUCUUGCAGUCACGAAAACUUCAAAUUUAGAACACAUUUUCUCUGGACUAAUUUCUCUUGGCAACCCUAAACCGGUUAGGGAAAUGUCCACAUUGUCAGAGCUGGGCCAUCCUAUUUCGAUCAUAACACUACCGUUGACUUCUCACACGAAGUCAUACUUAUUUUAUCGACCCAGGAAGGAGGGAUAAUAAUUGGCUGAAUCGAUCCUGAUCGGGGAAUUGAACUCUUGACUUUCCAACUGUGAGCAGAGCCGCCACUCAGUCUGCGUGACUAUGGAUAUUUCUGUCCAUUCAAGAGAAUAAAUAAGUUGCACAGAAAUACAUCGUGUAACAAAAAAAAACUUUGUGUGUCUCUUAAAAGUUCAGAAUUGCCACAAAAUUGCAAAAGUGAGCUCGUUCAAAGUAAAAAUAUUGCCUGCCUUGCCACAGAUUGAAAAACAACUUAUUUUAGAUGCGAUCGUGCCACUCGCCGAAUGAGAAAGAACAAGAAACCCCAGAUUCCCCCAUCAUCCUCACCUCUAAACAUGCAAACAUUGCAGAAAUUUGCAUCCGUACUAAGGGGAGUUGCUAGUUUCACGCUCGCGAUCGAGAAAUGUCAGCAAAACCGUGUCUUUGCCAAAAAGAAUUAGCAAUAUUUGGGACAAAAUUAAUAUAUUGGUCGAAUAUGUUUUUGAAUAAUUAAGUAAUUUGUUAUUAUACAUGUACACGCAUACAAAUUAUUACCACUCCUGACUGUUAUAAAGUUUGGGUUUAUAUGGAAAAUGUCAACAAUUGUAUUUAAUAAUAAAAAAUGUCUCAUUUUAGUUUUUUAUUGGCAGUCUGCCAUAAAUUGCGUGAUAAAAAUAGGUGUAACUUUAGAGUGUGGUCAUAAAUAAAUGUGUAACAGAUGUUUUAAUAAGGGACAAUUACCACACCUAUUUUCCCGUGUUAAACACAUUGAUUUCUAAGUAUUGGAUGGGGCAUCAAAGCAAACUAAUGGCAAGCGGCCAAUCCCAUGAGUUGGUGACCGCAUGGGUUUUUUUUAGACAAAUCGCAGCGCUCGAUCGGAAUGUACUCGAUCAAAUCUCAGUUUCCCCGUAACGUGACAACGAUUGGCUGAAAAAGGAUCACAGGGGAGGUGUGUGUGUGUGUGUGCAAACGUUGAAACAAAGAGGCUGGGAGCUCUGCUUUAUUUUUGCUUCGAAGUGCGCAGGAAAGUUUGCGCGCGCAACCGGCCACUGAAUUUUUGCACUUGUGAGUUGAAUUACCCCGUUACCUUUGAGCGAUUAAAAAAAAUGUGGCGCUCGCCACUUUCCCAAUGACACCAUUCUCUGCAGGAUAUGCACACGUGUUGAGGCCCCAUGUCAAAGGGCAGGGGUAGCUCUUGACUUGUUUCGCAUUGAAAGUAUUACCUUGCUGGUUUCCGGAUUUAAGAAAGACAUAAGGGGCGAGUGAGGUUUAUCGCGAUUGUUUUUUUGUUUCGUAUCUUGGACGCGGGAUGCGCUGAAGCUUGUACUAAUCUGCUUCUCAGCGUCCUGGCUUACUGUUGUUACAUUGGCUAUCAUUACCAUCAUCAUUGUAGCGGAGGUAUUGAGGAUGGUGUACGUACAGAAGGGGAGCGGUGGUGCAGCGGUUAGCGCGCUGCACUAAGAACCCAGUGACCCGAGUUCGAUUCCCUCUCGCGGCCAACACCAGUGACGAUUAUCUGAACCGGUCCUGGACCUCCCCUAGGUCGACUCGAGCUCAAAUGAGUACCUGGUGCGGUGUGUAAAUAUCGCUACUGGGGAGACAAAGGCGGCCGGGCGUGGUGUUGGCCACCCACCCCCUCGUGUGCCGUGCCGGCCUUCAUAGGUGCUCGCUAACAGCACUUGCCCCAACAGUCUGUUAAGGCUAUAUGGGGGAAUCUUUGUCUUUGUACAUAGAAAAGUUAAACAAAUAUUGGAAUGUGUUUUAUUUGAUGGCAGCGGUUUCUUAUCUGUAGAGGACCAACGCGUUGGGAUGAUGUUUUACCGUUACAUCUUAUUAAAGGUCUUCAAAUUGAAUUGAGGGACACACACACAGACACGGUACUUAAUAAUAGUGUUAAGGUGUUUGGAGUAAUGCUUCAGUGUUACUUGUUUUGUUAUUUUAUCCCUUAAAUGGAAGGUUAAUAACGGAGGUUUUAGGUCUUUAGAGGUGGGUGAGAUGCAUCUUUGCAUGCCCUAGUACAGAUACAAGUUUGCAUGAAUAUCUUUAGGUCAUCGUUUGAGACGUGGUAAACCAACGUCUUUGCACCUCAUAUAUGUAAAUAGUGUAAUCGUUAUUUUGUUAAAGGAGGGGGGAGGGGGGUUCAUAGUUCGGUUACGCCAUGGUACUAUUUAACGGGGACGGCUACAUGGUGGACUGUAUAUAAGAGCAUUUCGGUGUAAAUGUAAAUACGGUAUUUUGAAAACCUACGGCAUUUUAUGGUACAUUCAGAUGUGACACUCGACCCAAGUGAACCAAAGUAGGUGGAAAAGAAAAAAAGAUAGAAUCUCUAAAAAAAGUUUUACAAAAUUUAAACAAACCCAGUUUUGUGUUUUCAAUAUUGUAAACCGUAUGUCUUAUAUACUGUGAAUAAAAUUUACACGUUAUGC